CACACCAAAAAAAUGAAGUCUAAUGACAAUCUCCCAAUGCCUCAUCUGUUCCUAGUUUCUCUUCUCUUGUCGUUUUCAUGGCCGACUUUGGGUGACACUCACCAACAACACGGCAGCUUCCUCCAAUGCCUUUCUAGGCAUCCAAGCAACUCUGAUUUCAUCUCCACUGUCAUCUACACUCCAAUCAACUCUUCAUUUUCGUCCGUCUUUGCUUUUUCCCUUCGUAAUGCUCGGGUUUCUACACCUACAACCCUCAGGCCUUUAGCCAUCGUCACGCCGUCCCACGUUUCCCAUAUCCAAGCAACCGUUAAUUGCUCGAGAAGUCAUGGUUUGCAGGUUAGGAUACGGAGCGGCGGUCAUGAUUAUGAGGGCCUUUCCUACGUUUCUCAAGUCCCGUUUGUGAUAAUCGAUUUGAUUAACUUACGAUCCAUAGAUGUCGACACGGAAAAUAACACCGCAUGGAUUCAAGCCGGUGCCACCAUCGGUGAAGUAUAUUACAGAAUUGCGGAGAAAACUGCAACACUUGCUUUCCCGGCCGGUAUUUGUCCCACUGUGGGCGUCGGUGGUCAUUUUAGCGGCGGGGGCUAUGGCAUGCUGAUGCGCAAAUACGGACUCGCUGCUGAUCAAAUCAUCGACGCAGAGCUCGUCGAUGUUAAUGGAAAGCUUCUUGAUAGGAACUCUAUGGGCGAAGAUUUGUUUUGGGCCAUUCGAGGCGGCGGAGGAGCCAGUUUCGGAGUCGUCGUCGCGUGGAAAGUGAACUUAGUCACCGUUCCAUCGACUGUGACUGUCUUUACCGUGAAUAGAACACUGGAAGAGAAUGGAACAAUGCUUGUUCACAAAUGGCAAUCCAUUGCACCAAAGAUCAAUGAAGAUUUGUACAUCAGACUCUUUUUAAGAGCUGUGAAUUCGAGCCGACAAGAUGGAACAAGAACAAUACAAGCUUCUUUCACUUCCUUGUAUCUUGGUAGAACUGAUGAUCUUCUUCCAUUGAUGCAAGAAAGCUUCCCGGAGCUCGGAAUAACACGACAAGAUUGUAUUGAAAUGAGUUGGAUCCAAAGUAUCCUUUACUUUGCCGAAAUCCCACAAAGUGAACCAUUAGAAAUCUUGCUCAAUAGGACAGGCACUGCAGUGAUCUUUAAAGGGAAAUCGGACUAUGUCACGGAACCUAUACCCGAAACCGGACUAGAAGGCCUCUGGCAAUGGUUUUUCGAAGACGAAUCGUUGCAGCUUAUCUUCAGCCCCUAUGGCGGCAACAUGGACGAUAUUCCGGAGUCGGAAUCGCCGUACCCUCAUAGGGCAGGGAAUUUAUUCAACAUUCAUUAUGCAGUGGGAUGGGGAGAAGAAGAUGCUGCAUCAUCUCAGUGGUAUAUAAACUUCAUGAGAAGGCUAUACGGAUACAUGAAACCCUACGUUUCGAAAUCGCCUCGGCGAGCCUACAUGAACUACCGGGACCUGGACCUCGGAACUAAUAACAAUGGCGUAUACACCAGCUAUAAACAAGCAAGCAAAUGGGGUCUUCCAUAUUUCAACAAAAACUUCAACAGAUUGAUUCAUGUGAAGAGCUUGGUUGAUCCCGGAAAUUUCUUUAGACAUGAACAGAGUAUCCCUCUUUUUCGUCGUUAAACAAA